AUGGAUAAACCAAGAAUCAUAGAGCACAUCAACAAACCUUUAAAUUGGACAGUGAAUGAUUGCAAGUGGAUUCCGAGUAGUGCUCGGUUUAUUGCUGCAGGUGGUGUUCCGAGAGGAACUGGUUGUAUUCAAGUAUACACCCUCACUGAAGAUGGAAAAGAUGUGAACAAACUGUAUGACAUUGAUCAUAAGCAUCCCUUUAAAUGCUGCACUUUUGAGGCAACAGGCCUUGAAGAAAGACAUUUAGCUUGUGGAGAUUUUGAUGGAAAUAUUCUUGUUUAUGAUUUAAACAAACCAAAAAAUAAUCAACCCUUAUUCACAAUUGAAAAAGCCCACUCUCAAAUAAUUAAUUGUGUUGAUGGAUGUGGCCUCAGUUAUGGUCCACCCGAAAUUGCAACAGGUUCCAGAGAUGGUUGUGUCAAAAUUUGGGAUUUGCGGCUAAAACACAAACCAAUAGUGAGCCUCGAACCGCAAGAGUCUGUCAAAGUUGAUUGUUGGGCUGUCUGCUUGGGAAAUUCAUUCAAUGCUAACGAACGAGUGUGUGCAAGUGGUUAUGAAAAUGGAGACUUGAAAAUAUUUGACCUGCGAACGAACAGUGUUUUGUGGGAAACCAACUUGAAAAAUGGUAUUUGUUCAUUGCAAUUCGACCGAAGAGAUAUCGAAAUGAACAAAUUGCUGGCAACUACUCUUGAAGGAAGAUUCAAUGUGUUAGAUAUGAGAACAAGACAUCCAGAAAAAGGAUAUGCUUGUUUAUCUGAGAAAAUUCAAGACAGUAAUACUUCUACUGUGUGGCUUGGAAGACAUUUACCCCAGAACAGGGAUGUGUUUUUGGUUGCUUCAGGAUCUGGAUUACUUUCUCUGUACAAGUAUAAUUAUCCAUCUGAACGAAGAAUUGGAAACCCACCUGAGGGCGUUGUGGGAAACACGAUUCUUGUUCAAAAAUCGACAGUUUCUACUCAACCAAUUUGUUGCUUUGACUGGAAUAGAGACAAAGAAGGUCUUGCAGUUGCAGGAGCCUUGGACCAAGCUCUAAGAAUUAUUGUGUGUACAAAAUUAAAUUUUCUGUAA